AUGCUAUCUGAAUGCAGCAAAUGGAUAUCAAUUUUGAUCAAAGUAACCGAUCGAAGCUAGAAAAGUCACAUUUUACACAAGCCAUUUUCUCACCGUGGUACAACACAAAUAGUAAGUUCCGCGUUAUUCCGAAUAGGAAAAGAUUUUAAGUCUUCAAAUCUGCCCUCUCAAAUGGCAUUCACAAACCACAUCCUUCGCCGAGCUGCCUUCCUUGCCAAUAAUGUUCGCAACAUGGGCGGCAGCACCGGUGUUGCAUCUGCCACCCCAGGAUCCGGCCAUGCGCAUGGUGACUACAAAAAGUGGAAAAAACUUUCCUUGUUCGUCGCCUUUCCGGCCGUUGGUCUGGCCAUGGUCAACGCUGUCCUACAGUUAUCGUCGGACGAGGAACACGAACGUCCGGAGUUUGUCCCGUACGAACAUAUGCGCAUCCGUACCAAGCGGUUCCCCUGGGGUGAAGGCCAGCGAUCACUGUUCCACAACCCGCACGUGAAUGCGUUGCCGGAUGGCUAUGAAGAAUAGGAUGGGAUGUGGAAGGAUAGAGAUUCGAGAAAUGAUUCGUUUGUAUUGGAACUGUCAAACUAAUUAAAUUUUAAAUAAAACCUU